AUGGCAGAACUAGUGAACCAACGUAUUGAGAAUAUGAUAAACGAGUUAGAGCAGAUGCGAAGAACUAAUUUGUAUGAUGAUGAAGAAAUAAAAGAAAUAUCCCGCAAACGUAAAGAAUUUGAAUACAAAGUCCAAAGGAAGGUCAAACAAAAGGAAGAUUACAUCCAGUACAUAGAAUACGAGCUCGUGCUACUAGAAGACAUCUCUCUGAGACGGAAACAGAACAAAUUAGGAGAGAAAAAGAAAGAUAUAGAGUAUGCAAUUGCAAAAAGGCUGAAUCAGUUGUUCAAACAAUUUAUUUACCGGUUUCAAAAUGAAGUUGAAGUAUACUUUGAGUAUAUCAAGUUUUGCAGAGGAGUUGGGUUUGAUUCUGCCAUUUCUGGGAUUAUAGGACAAAUGCUUCAGAUGCAUGGUGACAAGCCAAAAAUGUGGCAAUUGGCAGCCAAAUGGGAGAGCGUUGAGCAGAAUAAUCUAGAUGCAGCUAGAAAUUUUCUCUUGAAAGGUAUACACAGGCAUCCUGAGUCAGAUAAUUUGUAUUUAGACUUUUUUGAAAUUGAACUGAAGCUGGCUUUUGCAAAUGAAGAGGAUCAAGAGCAGAAGGAAAAGCAAUUGAAAAGAGCAGAAGUGGUAUGGAAAAAUGCUGCAAAGAAUAUUGAAGAUGUUAUGUUCCUAUUUAAAAUAUGCGAUCUUUCCAUGAAAUAUGAUGUUGAGUCUAUUACCAAGGUGAUAAAGAAGGAAAUUUGGUCUAAAAGAGAUAAGAAGGAAGUUUGGGUUUAUGUUGCUUCUAACGAACUUCAGGGAAAUCAUUGGCAAGAGACAGAAGAGUUUGUUGAUGAUGACAAUAGGUUUCAAAAAGAAGUGAACAAUUUUAUAGCCAUUUACGAAGAAGCAUUGCAACGGUUUCCAGACAAGAAUUUAUGUACAAAAUUCAUCCACGAACUUCUGGGAUUAAACGAAGAUAUGUGCUCAGAUAUUCAGAAAAUAAGUGUAGUAAAACACGCAUGGAUGUAUGGACACGAAAAUGGAUUACUUACCAAUGACAUGUAUGAUUUUGGUUUGGAAAUGUUGAAAUUAGAGAAUGAAACGUCAAAUGAAGAAUUCAUGAUGAUAUUAGAUACAGCUGCAAAACUGAAUCCCCUAGCAAGGAGAAUUUGGGAGGAGAAGAUUCUAAUCAAUAAAGACGAUGAAAAGAAAACUUUAGGUGUUCUGCAAGAAGCUAACAAAGCAUUGAAGCCUAACGACGCGUUAUAUCUAUGGAAUCUUGUAUUAGAUAGUGCGAACUCUAAACCAGUGCUUAGUAACUUCUAUAAGAAAUUUCAAAACUGUGAGAACCCUACAUUAUUAGCAAUAAAGCCUAAGCUACUCCAAAAAACCUAUGAGCAUAAUGGACUAAAAGCUGCAAGGAGUUUGUAUGAAGAGAUGAUAAGGACACCACCUUUACAAAUAGAAGUCCAUAGGGUUAUGAUUGACAUUGAAAAAUCCCAGGAGAAACCUAACUUGAAAUGGAUUAGAAAAUGUUUUGAAUGUGCUGUUCAGCACCAUGGAAAGGACAAUGUUGAUACGUGGAUGAAUUAUAUGAAAUUUGAAACUGAUAGCGGUAACACUCAAAAUGCACCAGCAAUCUAUAGAAGAGCAGUUGGAAUGCUGAAGAAAGAAUUAGUAGACGAAUUCAUUAAAGGACAGACUCUAAUGAAACUAAAAUAA